AUGCCUCUUACACGAACUCACCGACACACUGCCCCUCGUCGCUCCAUCUUCAGCACUCGCCGACGUGCCCCAGCCCGUUCCAACCGUCACACCGUCACCACCACAACCACCACUACUAAGCCCCGUCGAGGAAUGUUCGGCGGCGGUUCUACUGCGCGACGCACACACGGCGGUGCCCCUGUUCACCACCACCAGCGCCGACCUUCUAUGAAGGACAAGGUCAGCGGUGCUCUCCUCAAGCUCAAGGGCAGCUUGACUCGCCGUCCUGGCGUCAAGGCUGCUGGCACUCGACGCAUGCAUGGCACUGAUGGCCGUGGUGCUCGCCAUCACCGCUACUAA